UAUUGUGGACCGGUAGUUUGCAGCUAACACUUAACCUCAACUAUUUGGCUUGGUAACCUUAAAUUAGAAAUAUAAAACAGACUUAUGGUGAAUUUAAUGUAUUUUCGUACGCUCUGGUGUUGGUGACGUAAUCAAAGUGCACCCGUGUUGUUUGUAGUUUGUAGCUAGUCUAACUGUAUCUUCCUCUAAAAACAAUGACAUUUAAAGUUUUGAAUGGUAAACUAGCUGCAGUGAGAUAAGUCUUCUACAUUCUUCAGGUUGCCACCGGUAACUGGGUGAGAAAUGGAGGAUAACUCGUCUUGUUCCUCGACUUGUCAAGCAUCUUUCCUCCAGAGGACGUUGGAGUGUCUGUCCUCCUCACGGCUGAAACUACAGACUGAGGAAACGGCUCCCGUCGCUGUCACUGCACUACAGCGGUACCUGUGUGAGCAAGCUGAGGGGCAGCAGACUGACAGCUACAGCUACGACGUGACGGUCACUGACGGAGUCUGUCGAGCCAAAUGCUUUGUUCACCCUAGUUUAAACCAUCUAGUGCACACAAACAUCCUGAGGACUGGUGUCGACAUCUACAUCAUGCAGGGCUCGUUUGUUUACAACGAGAGGAGACUGGGACACGGUUACAUUUGCAUUGAAAAGCUCAGAUGUGCUGCAGGGCGGUCAGCUGUCCUGCCUCGUAUAAAGGAUGUCAGCUCACUGCCCAUGCUGGUCAAGCACGGCAUGGAGAGGAGUGUGCUGCUGCAGAGUGAUGUUCCUCUGCAGGUAAGCCGCAAACAUUACCUGUCCCUGUGGAACAACGAUGAUCCAGAGGGAGACAUCUGGACUUCAGGCGGUCCCCCAUCAGACGCAGUGCUGGACGUGUCCAAGAUCACUCUUCUUCAUAGUCUGGAGUCAUGCUUUAGAAACACAUGGAAACCUCUCCCUCUACUUGUGAAGAUAAUACACAAAUCCAGGUUAAGAUAUUACGGAAAGUUUGGGCUGAAGAUUGAUUACCCCUACCAGGCGUACUUUGAAGUUGCUGACCAGAGCGGGACAAUGUCCCUCGUACUCUGGAACGAACUUUGUCCGGAGUUUUACCAGAGACUGAACGUGGGCACAGUGUUGUACCUUCAGAGUUACACCUUGAAGCAGAGCUAUUCAAAUCGGUCACACCCGCAGAUGGACCAUCACAGAAUGAAGACAUUUAACUCCAUUGAAAUCUGCCUGAAUCCUCGCAACCCAACAUCGGUCAUCACUGUGGUCUCGCCAAAGAGUGUCCUGCCUCAGUGGGGAUUGCCUGAGGUUUCCUACCAGUUCAUCACCAGGUCAGAGUUGGAAAAACUAUCCAACAAUUUCGCAUGUGAUGUCAUUGGUUUAGUGACGUUUGUCGGUCGCGUUGAAAGAGUCAAGAGUAAAGGGAACAAGGGUCCAGAGAAAUACUGGACGUAUCGCUGGAUACACGCAGUGGACGGAACGUCUGACCAGCCUUUUAUCCUGGAAGUGUUUUCCUCAUCUCAACCUGAAAUCUUCAGUCGUAUAUGCCCGAUGACCUACCUGGUGUGCACUCAGAUGAGAGUCUGUAAAGUGGAAAACUCGUUGCCCUACCUCACAAGCAGCUGCGAGACGGAGACGUUCAUCACAGGCUACCACAAAGGUCAGCCGUAUGUAAGUGAUCCUAAAGUGAAGAGCUUCAUCCGGUGGACCAAAACUCUAAAGGACAAUGUUGUCCUCCAGAAGACUGCAGUUGGUGGUCACUACUGUUACCCCCGCCCCCCACAGAAAUGUACCCAGUCAAUGUCAGAUCCCUCAGCUCAAGCUCCUCUGGUUGCCGCAGCUGAUUUGAAGAGGGAGCUGGAGACCCUGCAGUACAGGGAACAUAAAAGACUUGCCAUUCAAGGACAAAUCACAGCAGUACGCUACAUGAAAAGCCCAAAGACCUCAGAGCCUCAGCAAACACAAGAGAAAGAGUCAACUGGUGUCCUGCAGGUGCCAGAUGUUUCUUCUGAUGUGCAUGAAAGAGCUGUACCUGACACACACAACCAUCCCUCGACAGCUGAGCAGACCUCAGAGGCCAGUUUAACAUCUCCAUCUGUUGAGGAAAUCUCAGCAAGCAGAAGUAAAAGAAGAAGAAUUCAAACAAGGAGGGCUGGACUCGAAACUACAGAGCAGGAAGAAAAGGACAGCGACUCUGAAUCUGAGGAGGCUCACAGUGUGGAAGACUCCCACGUACUGUCUUGGGAAAGCAGCAGCUGGCCGGAGCAGCUACAUGAAGUGAAGGAACAUUUAUGUCAAGGCGCUCUGUACCAGGACAGCAUCUCUCGAAGGUUCACCUUUGAUGAGAAGGACGUCCUCCUGCAGUGGGGUAACCUUCAGCCGACACGGUGGGGACCGGAGCAAACCACUGAUACCAUCCCAUCUGUGUUCUGUCAAGGAUACUACAGAGUCACAAUUUUAGGUAUAAACAUGCAGAUAGCCAUCGAUGCUGCGUUCUUUCCUGUCGUGAGCACAGAUGAGCCCAGGGCUGUAGGUCUUCCUCAGGACCCCCAUGGCAACACGAUGCUGUCCUGCCUUUCAUCGGACUUCCUCUGCCCUCUCAGUGACCCUGCCAACCACAGUGAGACAGCACUCCCUGAGCCAGAGGACAUCUUAGAGACGGCCUGUGAGCUGGAGGACAUGCAUGUCGUAUGCAUCUUGGACCUUUGUCAUCUGGGCGGAGAUAAGGUGGAGGUCCUGAUCAACAAAGUGUACAGAGUGACAGACAACGAGGUUCAGCCGAACUAAAGUGUUCGGUUUUGUGAGAAUAAUUUGUAAAUAUUAUCAGCUUUCUUUAAUCAUGUAAGCAGAGUUAUUUUAGAUUAAAAGAGCAAAGGAAACUUGGUCGACUUGUUUUGGACCAAACCUCAGUUUGAUACUUGUAAAUUAUUUGAUUGCUUUUUUCACCUGUACAGCAUAAACAUCUCAAUAAAUCUGAUUUUGCAUUUCCUAA